CCGGUUUGCCGGUGCGUGCGCCGGGUGUGGUGUGAUCGCGUGUGUGCCGCUGCUCUGCGUUUGCCUGUGUGUGUUUUUCUCACGAUCGGCACGAAGAGUCCGGCACAACCGAUUGCCUGUCUAGACGCGCGGCAGCCCACCGUGCACCGAUUGUCAUCUGUCAGCACAUCAGAGAUACAGUGUAGUCACUGAUAAAUGAUCCUGCUUCUACGUUCGUUCUCUUUAGCUUGUUCCAAGUCGAACUCACACAUCGUCCUCUCGUCGGUCGUGUCUGCACAUCGAAGAAGUCUGGUCAUGGCCGCUAAGAGGCAAGCAAUCCUUCUGGGUGUGUACCAGGACAAGGAGAAGGACAAGGAGGGGGACUUUGUGCUCACUCCUAGCACCAAGCAGUUUGCUGCCAGCACCAAGUUGAACGACCUUCUGGAACUGACCAAGGGUUCUUUCAAGAAAGGUGAAACAAGGAUAUUCUAUGGCCUUGAUGAGAAGUACCCGAUCGCCUCUGUUGUUCACCUGGGUCCUCGACAGGCUGAGGUUCGGGAGCUCGAGGAGUGUGAUGAAGCUGCGGAGAGCGUUCGUAAUGCUGUUGCUGCUGGUGUGCGAAGCCUGCGCGGCAUCGGUGCCACGGCCAUUGACGUGGACCCCUGUGCCAAUGCCGAAGCUGCUGCGGAGGGCUGCACGCUGGCACUGCAUGUGUUCGAGGAGCUCAAGAAGAAAGAAUCACGCAAGCCCCCGGUGACGGUGUCGCUCCUCGGCAGCCAGGAGCUGGACAAGUGGACCCGAGGAGUGGAAAAGUCGUCUGCGCAGAACCUGGCGAGGCGCCUGUCCGAGAUGCCCGCAAACUUGAUGACACCCACACGCUUUGCCAAGGAAGCUGCCGAGGCUCUGGAAAAGAAGGGAGUCAAGGUCAUCGCCAGGGACCGCAAAUGGAUUGAGGAACAGAAGAUGGGCUCCUUCCUGAGCGUCACCAGGGGAUCGGACGAGCCACCCGUGUUUCUGGAGAUGCACUACGAGGGACCGGGACACCUGGCCGGAGGACCCCUGGUGUUUGUCGGCAAAGGGGUCACUUUUGACAGCGGUGGCAUCUCCCUGAAGCCAUCGGCCAACAUGGACCGGAUGAAGGCCGACAUGACCGGUGCUGCCUGCGUUGUUGCCACCUUUGCAGCUGUGGCGGCUCUCAAGCUGCCCAUUAAGAUGGUUGGUCUUACCCCGUUGUGCGAAAACCUUCCCAGUGGCAAGGCGACUAAGCCGGGUGAUGUCUUCACUGCCAUGAACGGAACCACCAUCCAGGUGGACAACACAGAUGCUGAAGGACGCCUUAUCUUGGCUGACGCUCUCUGCUACGCAGACACCUUCAACCCCAAGGCGGUGGUGGACAUUGCCACCCUCACAGGUGCCAUGGUAGUUGCACUGGGUGCAGGUGCAACUGGCGCCUUCUGCACUUCCAAUGCCCUCUGGAACCUGCUGCAUGAGGCUGGCCGUGUGACAGGUGACCGGAUGUGGCGCAUGCCCCUGUUUGAGCUGUACCACAAGCAGAUGACCAAGACCACCGUUGCUGACAUCAACAACAUCUCCAAACAGGCCGGGGCAGGAGGUUGCUGUGUAGCCGCAGCCUUCCUCAAGGAGUUUGUCAAGUGCCCACAAUGGGCGCACCUUGACAUUGCAGGCGUCAUGGAAAACAAGGAUGAGGUGUCGUACCUGGGAUCAGGCAUGGCCGGCCGACCAGUGCGCACUCUGGUGGAGUUUGUGGAACGUGUGGCUAAACUGGAGAAGCUUUGACGGGGGCCGAUCGGCUAGGACGCACGCCUUUCUUUCAGUCUGCAGGCCACUUGUUGACGUUCUUUAUUGCCAUAAAUGAACCUACAAAUAAAUGACGUCCUUUUUCACA